AUCGAUCGAUGCCAGCUUGAGACUUUUCCUCAACACCGCACCUCACUAAAUAUCAAACUUACCUCACCUACCUACAUCCUGCAGCCUUUUUAGCCCCGAUCCCCUACGGGAACCCUACAGCUUAUCCCAAGGGGUGACAUCACACAGCUGCGGCCAUCAUGGCGCAAAACGUCACCGAGAUCCACGAUAUGGGCGUGGACAAGAAGUCUAGCCCAUACGAUGAAGGCCGCAUCGACGAAAAGGCCCCUCAUGACUUUGCGGCUGAGGAGGCCACCGUUGACCGUACCGUCGAAGCUGACUUCAGUGUCACCGAGCAGGAUCUCCUGGAGGCCAAGGCCCUCGCCGACAACAUGUCGCUCGAGGAAGUCCGAGCCCUCAUGGAGCAGGUCCUCAAAAUUCACGGCAACGAUCCCAACUUCCCCCACACCAUCAUGACCAAGAUCGAGGAGUUCUUGGGCAACGCCAACAUCCUCACGAAUCCCGAAAAGUAUGAAGAAAUUAUCUACGAGAUGAAGAUCGAGGCCGCCCUCAUCACCAACAACUCGCCCUAUGCCGAGGUCCGUGCCGUUGUCGACAACCAUGAUGAUCCCACUAUGCCCUGCUCCACCAUCCGUGCCUGGGUCAUUGGUCUCAUCUUCUCCGGUGCUCUCGGUGCCAUCAACCAGCUCUUCUCCAUCCGUAUGCCUGCCAUUACUGUCGGUCUCAACGUCGCCCAGCUGUUGGCCUACCCCGUUGGCAAGAUCUGCGAGAAGGCUCUUCCAGAUGUCGGCUUCACCCUCUUCGGCUCUCGCCACAGCCUCAACCCUGGCCCCUUCAGCCGCAAGGAGCACAUGCUUAUCACCAUCAUGGCCAACGUUGCUGGUAGCACUCCUUACACCAACAACAUCAUCUGGUCUCAGUACCUUCCCGAGUACUUCAACCAGUCCUACGCCGGUCAGUUCAGCUACCAGAUCCUGGUCGCCCUUUCCACCAACUUGAUCGGCUACGGCAUGGCCGGCUUGACUCGUCGAUUCCUCGUCUACCCCAGCUACUGCGUCUGGCCCGCCUCUCUCGUCACCAUUGCUCUCAACAACGCCUUCCACACCGAGUCGAACGUGCCAGUGCUUGGCCCCCUCAAGAAGGUCUUCUCCAUGUCGCGUUACACCUUCUUCUUGUGGGCUACUUUGGCCAUGUUUGUCUACUUCUGGCUUCCCAACUACCUCUUCCUUGCUCUCAGCGCCUUCAGCUGGUUGUCUUGGAUCUCUCCCAACAACAUGGUCCUCAGCAACAUCACCGGAUUCAACAACGGUCUCGGCCUCAACCCCUGGCCCACCUUCGACUGGAAUGUCCUGCUUUUCGACGGCACCGACCCGCUCAUGGUUCCCUUCUUCAGCACGCUUAACAAGUUCCUCGGAAUGUUCUGCUCCUUCUUUGUCGUCAUUGGUAUCUGGUGGUCCAACACCUACAACACGGGCUACCUGCCCAUCAAUUCAAACAAGGUCUACGACAACAUGGGCCAACGCUACAACAUCUCCCGUGCCAUCAACGAGAAGGGUCUGUUCGAUGCUGAGAGGUACGAGGCCUACUCACCUGCUUACCUGGCUGCCGGCAACUUGGUUAUCUACCUCUUCUUCUUUGCCAUCUAUCCUGCCACACUCACUUACAUCCUGCUCAACCACCGCUACGAAGUCUCCAUGGGUUUCAAGAACCUCUGGAACUCGCUUCGCAGGAACAAGAACACCGAGGCUGGCCAAUACAAGGAUGUUCACAACCGUCUCAUGGCCGUCUACUCCGAAGUUCCCGAGUGGUGGUAUCUGAUUAUCCUGUUGGGCGCCAUCGGCUGCGGCAUUGGUGGCAUCGCCGGCUGGGAGACCUACACCACCCCUGCCGUCGUCUUUUACGGUCUCAUUCUCUGCUUCAUUUUCGUUAUCCCCGUCGGUAUCGUCAAGGCUAUGACGGGUAUGGAGGUUACUCUUAACGUCUUGGCCGAGUUUAUCGGUGGUUCCUGGGUCCAAGGUAACGCACUCGCCAUGAACUACUUCAAGUCCUUCGGCUACGUUACCUGCGCCCACGCGGUCUGGUUCGCCAACGACCUUAAGCUCGCCCAUUAUGUCAAGAUCCCGCCCAAGCACACGUUCGCUGCCCAGGUCGUCGCCACGCUCGUCUCCACCUUCAUCUGCACCGGUAUCCUCAACUUCCAGAUGAACGACAUCCCCAGGGUCUGCACCAACGAAGCCCCCAACAAGAUGACGUGCCCGGGCAUCAACACCUUUUUCACUGCCUCGGUCCUCUGGGGUACCAUCGGCCCCAAGAAGAUCUUUGGUCACAAUGGCCAGUACACGGCCCUCAUGCUUGGCUGGCCCCUCGGUCUCCUCCUCCCCGUCAUUACCUGGUACAUUCAGAAGAAGUUCCCUCAGAAGAAGUGGCUGCGCCAGAUUCACCCCAUCGUCCUCUUGUACGGAGCCAUGUACUGGGCCCCAUACAACUUGUCGUACGUAAUCCCCUCGGUCUGGAUCGGCUGGCUGUCCUGGAUUUGGUGCAGGAGCCGCUUCCUUGGCUUCUGGUCCAAGUACAACUUCGUGCUGUCGGCCGCUUUCACCACGGGCAUCUCUGUCGCUGCUGUCAUCAUCUUUUUCAGCUUGGACUGGUCGGGUGUCGAAGUUAGCUGGUGGGGCAACGACGUGGUGUCGGAAGGGUGCGAGGGUACGCCUUGCUUGUUGAAGACGUUGAAGGAGGGAGAGAUUUUCGGACCCGGGCCUGGGCAGUUCCAUUAAAUGUGGAAGAAGAUGGAAGUGAUGGGGAAGUGAUGGAUAGUCUGUCAUUGAAGUUGUUGUUGUUGAUACCCAGGCUUUGAUGUACGGACCAGCGGGGGGAUGAUGAUUUUAUGACGUCGUAUGGCAGUAUGAUUAAUACAGUUUUGUUUCUGAUCAUGUACAUGAUAAUAAUAUGGAG